AGAAGAAGAAAAUAAAGCGGAAGUUGUUGUAGUUCUGAGAGGGCUAAAAAUAAGCUAAGCUAGGCUAGUGUCAGCGAGUUAAUAUGAAAGUAAGAGACUGUGCGUUAACAGUGCGCAUUUCCGGCUGUGUGUGAGUUUAACAGUAAUCGGAUGGUGAUCUAGCUCUGGUUCUGCGUUAGUGAAAGUGUAAAAGUGAUGGCGGAUAACGCGGAGGGGUUUGACCGGGCUCCCGGUGCGGGGCGGAGCCGGGGGAAGGCGAGCGGGCCCGGGCAGGGAGACAGCAGCAGACCCCGAGAGCCGGAGCUCGCGGACGGAGACGCGGUGUUUAGCCGCUGCCAGCCGCUCCGCCAGCCGCGCACUCCUGUACCUGCUGCCGAGGGCUCCGCAGACAGCAGCAGAGCGGCGUCCACGUUGUCGUCCAGCUCGUCAGUCAGUAACAGCAGCAGUGCAGCAGCAGCAGCAGUAAAACCUCAGCCUGGUCAGAGUGCAGUGUACGAGUCCAGACUGUCAGCACACGCCCCCGAGUUCAUCCCCUCCACCUACACACCUGUCCAGGAAGAUGUGUAUGAGGACGACGGCUAUGACGGUUACUACCCCGAGUUCUCUCUGGCGGAUCUGGUACAGGACAUCCUCAGCCACCUGAACUCGUCCCCAGGCUCGUUCGAGACGGACAUCGGGAGCAUCACGGCCACGCUGAACGACUGGGUGACCUCGGAGGAGACGCUGCGGGAGCUGGUCGAGCUCAUCUUCACACAGUCCACUUCGAUGCCCAACUUCACCUACACAGGGGCUCGACUCUGCAACUUCCUGUCUCAUCAUCUCACUCUGAGUCCGGCCAGCGGAAACUUCCGGAACCUCCUGCUCCAGCGGUGUCAUACUGAGUAUAAUCAGAGACAGCAGGCCCUGAUGGGUGAUGAGGAAACUCAGAGGAGGUUUCACACUUAUGUCCUGUUUCUGGGAGAACUCUACCUAAACCUUGAGGUGAAGAGUGUGAAGGGCACCAUGUCUCGGGCGGAGAUCCUCCUCACUGCACUGAAGGACCUGAUGGACACGCUGUUCUCUCAGCCCAAAGACAGGAACCUGAUCUGUGCCGUCAAGCUGCUGAAGCUCACAGGUUCAGUUCUGGAGGAUGCGUGGAAGCAGAGUGGAAAGUCUCACAUGGACGAGCUGAUCCAGAAAAUCGAGGGCAUCUUACUGGACGCUCAGUGUAGCCGUGAUGUGAGACAGAUGUUGCUGAAGCUGGUGGAGUUGAGAUCCAGUAACUGGGGCAGAGUUCAUGCAGCAGCGGCGUACAGCGAGGCCACGCCCGACAACGACCCCAACUACUACAUGAAUGAACCCACUUUCUACACCGCAGACGGAACUCCAUUCACAGCUGCUGACCCAGAUUACUCAGAGAAAUACCAGGAGAUUUUAGAGAGAGAGGAUUACUUCCCAGAGUUCUACGAGGAGAACGGAAAUGAAGCGCUCUAUGGUGAGGAGGAUGAGAUGGAGCCAGAGAUCGAGGAGGCAUUUGAGAAGUUCUGUCUGGAGACUGAGAGACAAAAACCAUAAAAACUUUACAGUGCUGAAGCGUCUGCUCUCGCCAUCGCCACGAGAAUCCACACCAUGUUUUACCUUCCUUUUAUUUUAGAUCAUUAAGCAUAAAGAGCAUGGGCUGGCUUUAGAGAUUUAAUUCUGGCUGGAGUUUCCACUGGCUCGUGGACGAGUGGUUACUGGUUUGACUUUGUUUUGUGUGUUUAGGUUUGUGGAAGAGAAGCGAGCAGUUAGCAGUGAGGUUAUAUUUCUUCAGUGAGAGAUGUCUAACUGCUUCCUGUUAGAGAAGAAUGAGAGAGGAGAGAGGGUUUGGUUUUUAGCAUGCGGGUUUGAUGAUACAGAAGAAUCAAAAAAAAAAAAAGAACAGAUUUUCAGUGUUUAUUGUUUUCUUUCUUUCUUUUUUGUCUGGUUCAUUUGGAACCUUUUUAAGAGUUUUACAGAUUUUGAUGCACUUCCAAGAGGGAGCUUUAGAUUCUUGAGUCCUGGAAUACAAUCUCAGUGAAAGGUGGAUUCAGGAGGUGUGUGAUUUUCAGCACUAUACACACACACACACACACACACGCAGAGGAAUGUUUAUUUUAUUAGAGUAUUGUAAAUAUUAUUUACUGCAUCGUUGGCCUGCAAUAAAUCUUUAUAACAGC